GGAAGAACAAUUGUGGUCAGCCAAGACUGUCUCUUAAAAAAUGGGUCUUGGGGCUCACGUAUACUGAGCUCACCAGGAAAUGGUGGAAGGAAGCAUGUAGCCUGUCACCGCUAAGCUCGUAAAUCCUGAGCUCAUUACCAAUCUCUUUCACCUCUUCCUCAUCCUCCCGGAUUUGCUCCACUAUCCCUUCGCUCCAGCCUGAUCCUUUGUUCCUCCUGUGACUCACAGCUUCCCUGUCCCACUUCUCCCUCCCUCUGCAGCCAGCACUCUCUGGUCUGCUCCAUGCCCCAGGCCUGCUGGCUGCCCCAGCCACCCCACGGUCCUCCUUCCUCUGAGAUCUUCAUCCUUCCCCCGACCCAGGCGCCCUCCCAAACAGCUCCUUUAACCUGUACUUCUCUAACCCACUCACACCUGAAUCUUCUCUGAUUUUACAGGACCCAGGCUCUGACUUUACAAGCCUUUACAAGACUCAGGCUAUUGCUUCGCUUUUACUUUCUCAUUUAUUCCCUUCUCAUUUAUUUCCUACUCACCAGAAGAGCAGGUCUUCAGCCCUCUCUUGACUCUCCCUGUCCUGCUUGUGAGCUUCUUAGGAGUUUUUGGAAACGUGAACUAGGAAACAGGACUAGGAGCUGUGUAAGGGCAGCGGCUACACCGGACUUUGCUUUCCUCAUAGGCAUGUGCGCAUAUUUUGCACAUGCUCAUACAUUUUAAGGCAGGGAUUUUUUUCCUGUGACAAAGGGGCUCUGCACCAGGCACCGCACAGCAACAGCAUCAUCAAUGAAACUGCUUCCAUUCCUAGUUCUUAUGUCCAGUCUGCUGGACUAUGGCUACACUUCUGCAAACUGCAACAUGACAUGCCAUAAAGAUGCCCGGUGUGAAGUCCAGGGUGGAACACAAGGCUGCUAUUGCACCCAAGGAUAUACAGGAAAUGGCAUAUCAUUCUGUUACGAUGAUAAUGAAUGUGAAAAUGCUACUCAGCCUUGUGGAGAGAAUGCCAAUUGCACAAACACUGUGGGAAGUUAUUUCUGCAUGUGUGCGCCUGGUUUCAAAUCCAGCAAUGGUCAACAAAGUUUUGUACCUAAUGAUGGAACCUCCUGUGUGGAUGUAGAUGAGUGCAGCAAGGAAGGAACUGUUGCCUGUGGAGAUCAUGCAAAAUGUGAAAAUGUGGAUGGAGGGUAUAACUGCGCCUGUAAGGAAGGUUAUCAACCAUCCUCAGGAAAAUUGCAGUUUAAGCCAAAUGAUGGCACUUCCUGCCAAGAAAAUCCAAAGGCCAAGUGUGAGUUAUACAAAGACUGUAUAACUGAACAUAUUAAUAGAACAUUAGCUGGAAUUAGUCAUUUAAAAACACCUCUGGAGAUGCUGCAAGAAAUUAAUAAGAAUACUUUAGGACCACUUUUACCUGUAGAUGUGAUUUCAUAUGUAGAAGCAUUAUCUUAUUCUUCACUGAAUACCAUGCAUUACUCAGUUCCUGACAAUGAAGCACUUCGUAAUACAACUAUUAAUGUUUUGGUUAACACUGUGAACAAUUUUUUACAAAAAGACAAAAUUACAGUCUGGGAAGCUCUUCCUAUAGAUAACCAAAGAAUGAGUCUGACUAAACUGAUGCAUACUGCAGAACAAGCAACACUUCUCAUGUCACAGAACAUCAAAAAGACAACACAGCUAGAUGCUAAUGCAAGUGACAUAGCACUCAAGAUUUUUGCUUUUGAUUCACACCACAUGAAACACAUUCACCCUCAUGUAUACACAGGAGGAGAUUAUAUAAAGAUCUCUCCAAAAAAGAAAGAGGAAUCUCAUCCUAAUGGCACCGUUGCAGUUGUCUUUCUGCGAUAUAGCAACAUUGGUUCUUUGCUUUCAUCGCCUAAAAACCGCUCCUCGAAAGAUAGUUCAGAACAGAGACAGACAGUAAGCUCAUCAGUUAUAGCUGUUGCAAUUAGCUCAAAUCCACCUACACUCUAUGAGCUUGAGAAAAUAACAUUUACCUUAAAGUAUACCAAGACUGCAGAUAAAGAUAUUAAAUGUGCAUUUUGGAACUACUCAGCAGACACAAUGAAUGGCAACUGGGCUACAGAAGGCUGUGAGCUGACACAUUCCAACACCACUCACAUCUCAUGCAAAUGCAAUCAUCUGACUCAUUUUGCUGUUUUGAUGUCCUCAGGUGGCUCUGUUGGUGUUACGAAUUAUAAUAUUCUUACAAGAAUCACUCAGCUAGGAAUAAUUAUUUCAUUGAUUUGCCUCUCCAUGUGCAUUUUUACAUUCUGGUUCUUCAGUGAAAUUCAAAGCACUAGAACGACAAUUCACAAAAACCUCUGCUGCAGCCUUUUCCUGGCAGAACUUAUUUUUCUGGUUGGAAUUAAUAUGAACAAUAAUAAGCUCUUCUGUUCAAUCACUGCUGGGUUACUCCAUUAUUUCCUUCUAGCUGCUUUUGCAUGGAUGUGCAUUGAAGGCAUUCACCUCUACCUUAUAGUCGUGGGUGUCAUCUACAACAAAGGAUUUUUACACAAGAAUUUCUAUGUCUUUGGCUACGUCAGUCCAGCUGUGGUAGUUGGAAUCUCUGCCGCCCUAGGAUACAAGUAUUACGGCACUACAGAAGUAUGUUGGCUCAGCACAAAGAAUAACUUUAUAUGGAGUUUUAUAGGACCAGCAUGUCUAAUAAUUCUUGUUAAUUUGCUGGCUUUUGGAGUGAUUAUUUAUAAAGUAUUUCGACACACUGCAAUGUUAAAGCCAGAAGUUAGCUGUUAUGAAAAUAUAAGGUCCUGUGCUCGAGGUGCUCUUGCUCUCCUGUUCCUCCUUGGGGCUACCUGGAUCUUCGGGGUCCUCCAUGUUGUCCAGGGAUCAGUGGUUACUGCGUAUCUUUUUACAAUCUUCAAUGCAUUUCAAGGGAUGUUCAUCUUCAUAUUUCUUUGUGUGUUGUCUAGAAAGAUUCAAGAAGAGUAUUAUAGGUUGUUCAAAAAUGUUCCUUGCUGUUUCGGCUGCUUAAGAUAAAUGGAAGUAAAACCUGUGCAAGCAUCUCAGUGGAAGAAGGGAGCAACCUACAUGAUGUUGUUAUGGUAAUUACAGAAAAAUAUGGCACUGUGAAAGUAUGAAAUGACCCAGUGAGCAGGCAUAUCUCUUAACUGAAUAACUGACUCGUUUUGUACAUACAUGUGCAUUCAUGCAGAGCAUUUAUAUUACGCUAUAUACAAACAGUAUACAAAACAAACUGGAUUAUUGGAAAACAAAUACUAAUGCUCACCAGAGAAAGGAGUAAAUUUCUAAAAGAGUACAAGAUUUUUCAUGACUUACGGUUUUUUUUCUAGCAUUAGAAAUAUCUGCAGUCCUGGAAAGAGAGAUAUGAGAAUUCAACUGGCACAGCAGAUUUUAUAAAUUGUUUUGCUAGUGGAAACAUGCCCACUGUCUUUUUGUAGUAAUAAGCUUCUUACAUUAAGUUGUAUAAGGCCAUCUGCAGGGAAUGGGUUCCAUUAAAGAGUCAAUAGAUAAAGAUCUGCUUCAUCCCAGACUUCUGAAAACAUUUCUUUUAAUUUAAAGUAGAUUAAAAAAGGAAUUUGUUUAAUAUUAUUCUCUUAUCACUCUGAAAUAUGUAUUUGUAUAUUAAUCAAUCCUUUAUUUUUGUAACUUUUAAGGAACUGUUUAGGUUAAAGAACUGAUGUCAGGUUUGAUACAAGAAUGGUGGGACAGCCAUUUUGUAGCUGAAAGAUUAUUUUGUGAAUACUUUGAAAAAAGAUCUGGUUCUUAUUUUAUUUAAUUGCCAAACAGACUGAGAUCUGCUCUACUGGCACUAUGAUUUUGGAGGCUGUGGGAAGGAAAUGCUUUCACAAGUUUCUCACAUGACAGAGAUAUUUAGAAUACAGACCUUUUAGGAUCAAAUUAAAGCAAAGCAGUAGAUAUCACCUAUGUAGAAGAAUAGUAAUGUAAAAUCAAGGUCACAUUCCUCCAUUCCAUGUAAAAUUUUAAUUACAACAGUUUUCUCCAUUCAUAGCAUCUUUGAGUCAAGCAGUUGUCUUCCUCCCAGGUUCCUGAGUUUGAACACUUACCCUGUGUUUAACCUUAGGAGCAUAUGUAGAUCUACUGAAAUCAAAGGGACUAUUUGGGGUGCAAGUUCUGCAGGCUUAGAGCAUAAACAUAUUGCAUCAGCAGUUACAACUUUGACAUCUUACUCACUUUUAAAGUAGGCUAUAAUUUCAUCCUUUUAGCACCUAGUUUGUGUGAAGUGCUGAGCAAUCCACAAUCCAUGUUGCCUUCUCAAGAAGUGUCUAGGAUCUCAGAUGAAGUCCAGUAUUUUUACCAGUGAGACACUGUAAAUAUGUAGUUGUUAAUAAAUCCCACUGAUGUUUUGCCUGUUGAAAUGAAGUACUCUGAAUUUUAUUUAUAUUAAAGGAAACCUUUUUUUUUUUUUUUUUUUUUUUUUUUUUGUAAUGGCCAAAUUUAUUUUAUCUUUUUUCCAUAUACACAAGGCUUUUGUAGUAUGUAGUACGGUGACAUGCUUCAUUAAGUAUAUUCCAUGUGUCUGUCAAAUUUCAGAAACCACAAGUGGAUUUUUUUUUCUUUUUUUUCUUUUUUUUUGAAAGAAAUCAUUGCUGUUGGUCCUCUGAAUGUAAAAUAUGUGAAUAAACUGAAAUGCUUAGGUUUCACAUUUCAACAUGUUUCCCUUCAUUUAAAUAAAUACAGUGGUAAAUGUUCCUACGGUUAUAUAUUAUGUGCCAUGAAUUAUUUGCUCUAUUUUCUUUGGGAAGAUGCAGAUACAUAUUGCUUAAAAGAGUAUUUUUAGAAGGAUAUCAUCUUUAAUCUCCUGCAGAAACCUAACCUAUAGUAAGGUUGUCUGGACAAAGAAGUAUCUCUAGUAACUGUUUAAUGACUUCAGCAUGUUCAGUGAGAUUGAAAAAGUUCCUUGGAAAGAGAAUAUAUCAUAAAGUGUUUAAGUUACAAUAGCCUUUUAAUGAAAGAACUCAUUUUAUACAAAAACUGUACUCUACUUGCUGGGUCAGAUUUUCAUUGAAACUUUGUUUUCUGUACAUGCAAAGAUAAGCAUUCACCUUUUAAUACAGCACAUAAGGAGCAGAAAAAUUUUGUUUAGAUUCAUGGACUUAGAGCUUGAAGGAUAUUGUAAUUGUCUUCUGUAUGCAUGCAGAAAUACUGAAGAGAAGUAAGAGAGUUUAUUUGUCACAACCCUUAAUAACACAAGCCUGAAUCCACUAGAAAAAAAGAGAAUGAGAGACAAUGUACAGAAAUUGAAAAACCAGCGGUCCAGCGGGAUACUUUUUCAAUUUAAAGAUGGUCAAGGAUUGGAAACAGUUGCCCAGAGAGGCUGUGCAGUUCCAGUUUUGGAAGGUUUUAAGGUCCAACUAGAUGAAGCUCUGAGCAACCUGGUCUCAUAGCUUUGAGCAGGAAGGUGCUGUGAGCUCCCUUACAGCCUGAAUUAUUCUAUGAUUCUGUGACUCUACGAAAUAUCAAAUUGGAAAAAUAGCAGUUGGGCAUUAGUUAUUAUUUUGCUAAAGAAAUUUGUACUCAAGUGCCGUGCAUGAGCUGAACAAACUGUUUUUCCAGAAAGAAAUCUGUGACCUAUUUGUCAGAUCAUCUGGUAGCUAGUUGACUGAUACGGAAAAAAAAUUUUUUGCUCCGCAUCUUUUCAGAUUACAUGCUUUUGAGAGGUAUAUGUCAUCUCCAGGUGGGGCCAGGAGGAGAAAAAUAAUCAGUGAUUGACAAGACAGAUAAAAAUAAAAUGUUCAGAUUUCACUGUGAAAGCAAGUGCUUGCUGAAGAGAGAAAUUGUUUCCAUUAAACCAAUCAAAGAGAAA